UGGGGAGCGCUGCACCCCGGCGCCAAGGAGCUGGCGCAGCUGUACUCCCCGAUGAAAAGAUUUCAGGAAUGGGUGUGCGUUGUUGUUAGCAUUAUUCUGAUGAAUUGCAACUUCUAUCACCUGGUUAUAAAUUUCAGCUGGGAGCACAUCCAUCUGAUCCUCACUGGAAUUAUUGCAGGAAUGAUCACUGCUGACUUCGCUUCAGGAUUGGUCCAUUGGGGGGCAGACACGUGGGGGUCUGUUGAUCUGCCUAUAUUUGGCAAGGCUUUCAUUAGACCGUUUAGAGAACAUCAUAUUGACCCCACAGCUAUAACUCGUCAUGACUUCAUAGAAACCAACGGGGACAACUGUAUGCUUACUGUGAUUCCCUUGGCCAACAUGGCCUAUAAGUUUGUUACUCUGUCCCCAGGAGCCAUCCGUGAUACAUAUCCUUGGGAGUGCUACGUCUUUGCUCUUGUAAUAUUUGUGACUCUAACCAACCAGAUUCAUAAGUGGUCUCACACUUACUUUGGGCUUCCUUGGUGGGUCAUCGUUUUACAAGAUUGGCAGAUCAUUCUGCCACGAAAACAUCACCGUAUUCAUCAUGUAUCUCCACACGAAACCUAUUUUUGUAUUACUACAGGUAUAAAAGUUCCACGCAAUUUCCGGCUUUUGGAAGAGCUUGAAGAAGGACAGAAGGGAGUUGGUGAUGGUACAGUAAGUUGGGGUCUUGAAGAUGAUGAUGAUAUGUCACUCACAAGGUGGAACGGGAUGAUUAUUGGACCUGCAAGAACAAAUUACGAAAAUCGAAUGUACAGCCUUAAAAUAGACUGUGGUCCUAAAUAUCCAGAAUCAGCUCCAACUGUUAGGUUUCUAACAAAAAUAAAUAUGAAUGGAGUACAUAGUUCCAAUGGAGUGGUGGAUUCAAAAAUGAUACCAGUUCUAGCAAAAUGGCAGCAUUCAUAUAGCAUCAAAAUUAUUCUGCAGGAGCUUCGGCGUCAAAUGAUGACUAAAGAUAAUAUAAAACUUGCUCAACCCCCUGAAGGACAAUGUUACAGCAAUUAAUCUGGAAUAUCCCUCUUUGAAUUCGAGCUUACUUCAUUCUCCACUGUAGUAAUUUUUUAGAUGCAUCUUGUAGACUUCAAAGUACUGGAAAAAGAAUAAUUCCCAUUAAAAAAACAAUUAAUCUUAAUACUGUAAAUGUAAGCCAAUACUAAUUAUCGUUUUUGUUGGACAUGAAAGUUGUACGAUAACACAAAUAAUCUUGUGUGUAACCACUGUCUACACAGUCAAAUCUUUGUUGUCAGGAAUUAUCUAUUGAAAUUAGUACUGUUGAGACCAGUGUGGCACAUUUAGCUAAAGCUGUGAAUAUGCACAUCACACAGACACUUGCUGCAGGUUUGGCCUUUAAAUUCUUGUCCUUUUGCAAUAGUAUUAAAGCUCAGGGCUAUUUAUUAGAGUCCAAGCACAAAGGUUGGAGCUAUCAGACAGUAUUGUUUUCUGGGCUCCACAUGCCAAUGGGAUUUAUCUUGCUCUCAGAGCUACCCUUGUGCUGUCUCUAGUAAAUGCUGAACAUGGCUGAUGUAUUUUGGACCACUAACUUUAGUUUGCUGUAAUGUGGAUGCAAGCUACAUGUAUAACUUUGGUGUGUCCAGGAUUUUGACAUUCAUAUGUUUGUACAAAGCCACAUUUUAAAGCAGCGGAUAUCACCACAACUCUUAAAAAAGAACCAUCGAUUCCAUGAAAAGCAUAUUUUGUUGAAAAAUGUUUAAGAUAAUAGGUGUACCAAUAUAACAAGUCUCUGAAAUUAAAGAAUUUAACAUAAGCUAAAUGGUAUUCUAUUAGAAGCCUUUUACUGUAUCAAUCUGUUGCCUGAUUAUAAGAUAUUAAAAUUGUGCAUUGUGGGGUAAAUACAUGGGUUGUAUUUGAGGUAAAAUGUAAGAAAUUGCACAGUAGAUUUAUGAUUGAAUAUGAAAUGUACAGGCAUAUAAAAUGCAAGAAAAAGUUCCCUUUAACUUCUUAAAGCUUUCCUGUGUAACUCAUUUCGGUGCAGAGUUCCACAGUGUAUUGUACUGUUCAGUGCAUAUUUUCUCAUUGCGAUUGCACUGAGUUCUCAAGAAUAUUUAUAAUGGAAAUGAGGGCAUCUAAAAGUAUGCAUUUGGAUUUUUCUGACUGGUCCCUUUCUAUGUAUGUGGGAGUAUAUUGGUGGCGGCUGUGACAUAUUUAAAAUAUUUAAGGCUGCCUUAUGCCCAUGAGACGAGGUGGAGCAGUGGUUUAGAGCAACCUUUCUUUUUAUCUUUAGGAUCUGGGUUUGAAUCCAGCUGUACUUCAUGGUGAUCUAAAGUUCAAGCUGCUACACUGUAAAAAGAACAAUCUGAAAAUGUACAUGACUGCUGGCAGCAAUAUGUGGCUGUUUGAGGGGAAUGCACAGUGAUUGUUUUAGGAUAUUUUGAGUGAUAGAGGAUUAAAUUGAAUUUUACUGCC